CUGGUUUUAAUCUGACUUUCUUCUGUUCCUUUUUUCGCUGUAAUUCCCAAAAAUCUCCCCCCUUUUCAUAAGCUAGAGAAGAACCCACCAUAAAGUUAACAUUUUUACUCUCUUUCUUUUUUGUUGAAAAAGCGAUGCUUUCAUUUGUAUAAAAGACCCACUAAUCCACCUCUCUAGCUUCUCACACCAUUUUAUCUCCUUCCUCCCUCUUCUGUCUUUCGUAGAGACUUGUUCUGUCGAAUUUCAGACAACCAGAUUUUUACUUGUCGGAAUCUCUUUCUUCCGGUCCAAGAACAGCAAAUUUCUCUUAAAAAAAACUAAUGGAGGGUUAUUCAAGAAACUGGUUUCACGAUGACAAAGCCUCUGUUUACAACUCUGAAGAAAAGAAACUUGAGCUAAAGCUUGCUCCCCCUGGUGACGAUGAAGUUGGUUCAUCGAUUAUAAGACACAUCAAGAAAGAACCAAAAGACAAAUCUAUCCUCUCUCUCGCUGGCAACCACUUCCCUCCUUCCAUCACCAACAAAACCACAUCUCAGAAAAGAACUGCUCCUGGUCCAGUGGUGGGUUGGCCUCCGGUUAGAUCAUUCAGGAAGAACUUAACAAAUGGAAGCUCUUCAAAGCUUGGAAAUGAAUCCACCUCCAAUGGUUUUGUCCUCAAAAACCAGAAGUGUGAUGAUAAUAAUGGCCCAGAGAAGCCAAUGGGAGUAAAGAGGCAAGGAGGCUUAUUUGUGAAGAUAAACAUGUAUGGUGUUCCCAUUGGUCGUAAAGUUGACCUCAUUGCGCAUAAUAGCUAUGAACAGUUAUCUUUCACUGUCGACAAACUCUUUAGAGGUCUUCUUGCAGCUCAAAAAGAAUCAUCAUCAUUUGGAGAAGAAGAGAAACCAAUCACUGGAUUAUUGGAUGGGAAUGGAGAAUAUACUCUUACUUAUGAGGACAAUGAAGGAGACAAGAUGCUUGUAGGAGAUGUCCCAUGGCAUAUGUUUGUAUCUUCGGUGAAAAGGCUGCGUGUGAUCAAAACCUCUGAGAUUUCUUCUGCAUUGACGUAUGGGAAUGGAAGCAAGAGAACAUGAGAAGCUGAUGAAAUAACUUUACAGCUUAUAGAAGUAGAGAUGUUAUUAUUUUGCUCUUGCUUUUUACUCUGAUGAGUUUUGGUUUUUGAAUUGUGUUUCUAAUUGAAGUCUGAUGUACAUUCUGGUGUGUUACAUCUUCUUUGAGAAUUUCAUAGAUGAGUUUUAUUGGAACUCGAAACCAGACAAAUGAAAAAUAUGAUUUUGGUUCUUGAGUAUAUUACAGCUACUACCUUUUAGUCAUUA